AGUUUCAAAAAGGAAUUGAAGCAGUACCAGACGUCCUCACCUUAGAGACCGCAUUUUGGAGACCAACCGCGGAGCGCUUAUGUCAGCAUGGCGAUGUUUGAAGGCAACAAUUCCACAGACUACUACGAUUUGAAUUAUUCAAGUUUUAUUGAAGGGCCAUGCCAGAAAAACACAGUGAUCACGUUUGAAGCCAAGAUCACACCAAUCAUUUUUAUCCUGGUCACCGUGUUCAGCUGUGUGGGAAACGCAUUGGUACUGUGGGUGCUGAUUAAAUAUGAAAACCUCAAAUCCAUGACCAAUGCAUUUCUCUUGAACCUGGCCAUCUCAGACCUGGUCUUUACCAUUGGCCUGCCCUUCUGGACCUUCGAAUUCAUCUCGGGCUGGACGUUUGGAGAAGUUGCGUGCAAAUCAAUCCGUUUCGUCUUCUACCUGGGUUUCUACAGCAGCCUGAUCUUCCUUACUGUUAUGACCAUUCAUCGAUACGUGGCUGUGGUGCACCCGCUGGCUGUGCUCUUGAACCGGACCACAUACUACUCCAUCGGGAUUUCUGCGUUAAUCUGGUUCCUGAGCUUCGGUGCCGCAACCCCUUAUCUCAUCUUCAGUAAAGUCGAUAUCUCCUACCAUUCAGAUAAACCAGAACGUUACUGCACUUACAGCGCCCACUGGAACCGGGGGGGCACGUACAUGCAAAACGCCUUCUUUCUCGCCGCCUUCUUCACCAUUGCAUUCUGCUACAUACGGAUCCUUGGACGCCUCCUCAGGCCCACAGCACACACCCGGCCCAAGACCGUCAAGCUCAUCCUGUGCAUCGUGGUGACAUUUUACUUGGGUUGGGCACCAUAUAACAUCUCCAUCUUCCUCAGUUCUCUGAUCUCGUUCAAUGUCUCGCCGUUCAACGAGUGCCACGUGAGCACUAUGCUGGAUUACGUUUUCCACAUCUCCCGACUGUUGGCAUUCUCACACUGCUGCCUCAAUCCGGUCUUUUACGUCUUCAUGGGUGUCAAGUUCAGAGAUCACCUCAAGAAGGCGCUCAAGACCUUCUGCAAGCAAGACGAGCAGCCUCUUGACAGACGCCAGAGCCAUCUGAUUUACUCGAAUAACGAGGAAAUGACCUCUUAUUAGAGCCUCUGACAGCAGGAAAGCAGCCCAAAGUACCUGUGAGCUUUCAAAUUUCAACCCGUUUCACAAAUAUUUUGUAUUUGAAAGUUUUCUAUAUCUUUUUUUUUAUCCUGCAUUUGUACAAUAAUCCACAAAAACUAAGAUUGACUGCAAA